AUGUUUGUUGUUUUUAAGCGUUAUCUCAAUUUAAUUUUCUUGUCUUCGAUCUUCUCUGCGGCCCAAUUUUCUUCAGGUAAACAUUUUUGUUAUUUUCUUUUUGUUAUUCGAAGUUUUUUUUUUAAUUCCAAAACUGCUUGGCAAUAAGGUUUGACCAAAUACAUUUGUCGCUUCCCAGCUACACCUGUGCCUACACAAUUUUCACGAGUCAGUGCAUUCAAUAGUACUGGUUUGUUGUAAAGGAAAGUUCAGUACUCUGAAACCUUGCAGCGCUUUUCUGAUAUGGUAGGUUCAUCGCCAUAACCUUUUGGCAUUGCAUAUCGUGUUCUCGGAAUACGAAUGCGAUAACUGUUGUCGAGGGCUUGAGAACUACCCCUAUGUGUUUGGAAGGAUUUUCAUGCAGCACGCUGUUAUAAGGAUUAAUACAUGCAUACAGAAAGAUAGUUAUCAUAUUUAGCCUUUUCAUAGUCAAGCUUCGUUCAGAGUAUCAAUAGUAUUAUUUUGUCUCAAGAGAGUAUUACAGUAUGAUUUACAACAUCACAGAUUUCAAGCCAUCAAACUCUCAGUAUCGACAGAUUUAAUAUCAAAUUCUUCUGCUUUUACUUUAGACUUUUUUACUUUUAUUUUUUUCGCUGGUUUGGUUAAUUUGGCAAGGUUAAGGGAUAGCAGUUGUGAAUAUUGUGAUUGAAAUUUAUGUAAUCCCUAAUUCGUACAUAGUUGAUUUACAUCAGUAAUUGCCGUAAAUGUAAAUCAUGUUUUAUUGAAACAUUAGGCGACAACACAAGGAAAACGCUUUCAUUACUUGCCACAAGUAAGGGACGUAAUUUUUCAAAUCAUUCGCCUCUUAUUCAAUCGAUCACUCAGUUUUGGAAAGACCAUAAUAGGCAAAAUACUGAUUUCAUGCGCCAUCUCGUUUUCUUUUUCUUUCCAUCCCUGUUGACUACGACCAUCUUGUCUUCAGGGAAAUUUAUUUAUUAUUAAUGCCUCGACGAAAUUAAAUUUUCCUCUGCUACUUUGCCGUAAAAAUAAAGUGGUGAUUCAAUAUGGAAAUUUCACUUUUGGAAGAUUGCAAACCUUGUAGUCAAGCUAAUGUCAAAGGAUCUUGUUUUCUUACAGCAACGUGUUUUCGCGAUUUAUUUCAAAAGGACUUAAAGCCACUUAGUCAAGUGCCUUAGUCUAAAUAUCCUUUAACUUCGUGCGUCACCGGUCAAUGUGUUGUAAUUAUAAUAUUCUAUAGUCUUAGAGUGGAUAUAUCAUCAUGAUAAAAAGUUCGUCUGAAUAUGAGUAUGGAAGCCUUGAUAUAAUAGCCAUUGUUUUCUAUAGUUAUUUCUGCUUUGAUGAAUAGACUUUUCAUUAAACUUCAGCAUGGGUCAGCACAUAAGAGGGAAGAUAAUUAACCACACAAACCGAUUGAGAAUUGCAAAGUACAGGAAAUUGCAAUUUAUAUCCAUCACAAACUGCGACAUCUUUUAUUAGGUGUUGCAAUUUAAAAUUCGUUCGCAACCCUAUAUACAAUGAUUACAUCAACAGAAGAUACAUCGGAAUAGAUAUAAAAUAGAUCAUUUUGUGAAUGAUAAUACCACAUUUUCAAGUUUGUCCACUCAGCAGUUGUUUCAGGCAAAGCGUUGCGUAACAAGACCUAGUUACAAAAUCUGCUAAAUUAUUCCUCGUCUACCCUCUCGUUCUCAUCCGUUUUUGUGUCUUUCUACUGGACUACAAAUACUUAACUUAGUUAGUUGACGGGGAGGUAAUUAAGCAAUAGGCAAAACAAAAAAAUUCCAAAAAGCAGUAAGUUGAACAUAAUAAUUUCAAUGUUUAGGCCAAAUUUCUCAAGAUGCCCAACUUGAACCAGUCGAUAAUUAAUGAUGCCUCAUCAGCCAUCUUUCGACGGAAUGACAAGGAAUCUAAGUAUAGUAGAUCUGACAUCUACCUUUGAGCUCUAACAUGCGAGUGAGUAGAAAUUUGAGGGCCUUGAAAUUUAGUAUAUAUAGUCCGUUUAAUAAAGGUGAUGUAUAAUUUUUUUUAUCACUCGAGUGAAAAAAAAAAGUGUGUUGGUUCUUUCUCCCUUAAUUGUCCUCUAUCCCUUCAAGAUACAAGUCUGCCCUUGUUCGCGUGUAUACUUCUUUACUCUCACCUGUCUUUUGAGGGAUUCAAAUGUGCUACAUUUUUGUAUAAUUAAUUAGUUGCAAGGUUAAGUGACUGUCAUCAAUUUGCUACAAUACACAUAAAGCCCGUUUUGUUCUUUCCAGAAGAAAACUGUCGAUUCUGUGACUAUAGCGCAACUAAAACCCUCUAUGUCUAUUGACUCAUUAAAAUAUUGAUUGAACAAAUUAAAGGCUCUCAUUCCUUCAAUUGAAUCGAAGCUUAUCAGCUUAUCAGCUGAAUAACAGUCUUAUCAGCUAAUCCGAAUCGACUGGUUGCCGGUUUUCUGCGUGGUGCGCGACCUAUGUUGCUAGUGCACAAAAACAAGCCAACCGUGUUGCCAGCGAGCAACAGAAAGUUAACCACAGUUCAGUCAGAAUUUAUUCCAUAGAGCAAACUAACUUUGUCUAAUUGGCCAUCAGUCAUGUCUGCGGAUGUCAAGCGCAAUCUCGUUUUAUCUUACUUGUUUUUUUGAUAUUUGCCGCAGCCAACUUUUCUCUAGGUAAAUACUCUUACUAUUUCCUGUAUAUUAAUGGUUUUUUUUGUCUUUUAUAUAUUUUAAGUCCCAAAACUGCUUGGCAAUUCGAUGUUAUAAGUUGGACCAAAGGCACCGGGCGAUCCUCAGCGAAACCUGUGAUCUCUAUCGAAAUUUACACCAAAACUACAAUAUAUUUUUACACAAGACGUUUAAUAGGCAGGCCUAUUAACCUUCAUAAAGGCAUUCGUAAUAAUCUAUUGUAAUCUAAGGUUUAAGCGACUGAAACCUUACAACGAUUUUUUCAUGCGAUAACCUCAUUUCUAUAGCCUUGUACAUUGUAUAUUCAGGAGAAUUUUAUCGCAUUAUUCGACAAAAACAUUCCUCUUGUGUUUCUCACACCAGGAAUAAAAAGUUCGGAAGAAAGAUGGCGUCCUCUCAGACAGACAUUUAAACAGCGUCAGUUUUCAAAAGAAGAAUUCCAUUAUCUGAACGUAACUCGAGUUGGAAUGUUCACCUCGAACGACAUGUUUGAUUGCACAUUUGAAUGUAUGAGAAAUACCCUGUGCCUUUCAAUAAACACGGCCGCCUCUAGAGGAGCAGAUGGAAAGCUUUGGUGCGAAUUAUUGUCUUCUGAUAGGAACAGAGCCGACGCCGAGAACUACAGCCAAAACAUGAGUUCGCAUCAUUUG